AUGACCAACUCAUUAGAAGAACGUCUCAAGAUCCAUUCCACCGCCUUUGACGGUCUUCUUUCCUUAAUUCCCGCCAAAUACUACUAUGAUUUAGCAACCCAAGAUCAAUGGAAUGCCAAAAAGAAAUCUAAAUCGGAAAUUUCUCAACAUAAACGAGCUAAAUUAAACCCAGAAAAUCGGGAAAUGGCAGAUGAAUAUGAGAAUUCUCAUGUUUCUGCUAAAGAUGUGAUGGAUAAUUCGGUGAAGAAAGGUGCGAAGAAGGUUGAGUUGCCUAAGAAGUUACCUGCUCCGAUUUAUGACGAUAGCGAAGAGGACGUUGAGAUACCUGAUAUGGAUGUGAGUGGAGACGAAGAAGAAGAAGAAGAACAAAAGGGAGAGGAUGACGAUGAAGGUGAUAUUAUGACUAGUAAUGGAUUAAUAUUUGAUGAUGAAGGGAAUGAAAUAGAAGAAGAAGAACAAGAAAGUAAAUUUGAGAAACAACAAGUUCAAAAGAAUAAGAAGAAGAAACAGGAAUUAAGUCCCGAAGAAAAGAAACAACGUGAUGAGAAGUUGGCAAAAUUAAGAGAACAGCUAGCAAGUAAGAUUACUAAUUUAAAAGAAAAGAGAAAAGCACCAGGUACCAAAGUUAGUGGAGCACCACAAUCUCGUGAACAAAUCUUAGCUGAAAGAAAACGAAAAGAAGAAUUACGUAAAGAAAAGAGAAAGCAUGCCGAGCUUGAAGAUGAUGAUUCUGAUUCUGAUAGUGAAGGUGAAGAUGUGGAUGAAGAAGUAGAACAAGAAGAAAAUAAACUGACUGUUUUGUUUGGAAAUAUUGUUUUCCAAGAUGGAUCUCAAGUUACAUCUGAUUUGACUAAACUUCGUAAUACUGCUGAAAGAAAGAAACAAAAAGGACCAGCUAAUAAUGAUUUAAAGGCCCAUUUAAAUAAGAUUCAAAAGAAGAAAGAGAAAUUAGCAACAUUAUCAAAAGAAGAUCAAACUAAAGUACAAGAAAAAGAGAAAUGGAAGAGAGUGAUGUUACAAGCAGAAGGAGUCAAAGUAAAAGAUGAUGAAAAAUUAUUAAAGAAAGCUUUAAAACGUAAAGAAAAGCAGAAAUUAAAGAGUGAAAUUGAAUGGAAAGAUCGUAAACAGAUUGUUAAAGAUACUGUUGAUGCUAGAGCUAAAAGAAGAGAAGCCAAUUUAAAAGCAAGAAGAGAUAAUAAGAAGAAGAAUGGUGGAGGUAAGAAAUCAAAGCAACAACCAAAAUUAAGAAAAUUCACAGGAAUUGUAAAUAAAAAGAAGAGAGCAGGGUUUGAAGGUAGUGCAAAGUCAAAGGGUAAGAAGUAG